AUGAAUUCGAGGGAAUACUUUAUAGUACGCGAUGUGCGGCGCACACGGCUCAAUUGGCUCAUACGUCCAUACAAGGAACGUAUCGCGAAGAUCCAAGGCAUAGUUGUAAAGCUGCGAAACCGUAAAUAUCAUAAAUGUUUCAAAACUCACGAUGCUCAUCUACCUCCUAUCGCCAAUGAUACAAGAUGGAAUGGAAAGUAUCUAAUGGUGGUAUCCCUACUUAAACAACGGCAAUUUUUCAAUUUGUUGAAGACAAGUUUUCCCGAAACAGAUCUUACUCAACACUGGCCAUUCAUCGAGAAGUUUUGUGAAGCCUUUGAACCUGCUUUCAUACUUACGCUUAAACUGCAAAAAGUACAUUGUGCAUUGUCUGAAUUUUACACGUAUUGGCUACAGUGCCAAGCAAACCUGGAUAAAUUAAAAGCCAACGAGCUCGCCGUACAAUUGUUAGAGACUUUCAAAACACGAGCUCAAAAACUGAAUAACUACGUCCACGCAACAAUCAUCAGCGAUGGAGAUCGAUCCACGGUCGAAAUAAGAUCGAUUCAUCCAUGCAACUGCUCUGCUCUGCAAGACACAUCGGACUGCUGUUCUAUAAAUAACUCAACAAUGAUCAAACAACUGUCUCCGCUGUCCGGUCUAACUGGAUAAUGUAUGAACAGAAGGAAAAACUCUUACGCCUAAAUGGCUACUGUGUAAAUAUGUAUCAUAUGCGAUGGUAUAGAAGGGACUCUAGCGCCGAAAAAUGGCAACUGUGUAAUGUGCUA